UCCAGCAGUGACUCAGUCAAGUGGUAGAGCCUUGACAGCCCAGCAGCCCCAUCUCUCCGGCCACAGAUAUCUUAAUUUCAUUGCCCUUGGAGAACGGCCACCAAAAGGCCUCAGAUGAAGGUUUCUAGUCUAUUUCCCUUAGCUACCAAACUCCUGCAGCCUUCCAGAAAGCCCACUUUCACAGCCCAAUUCUUAUCUGUCCCCUGCAGAGUCCUGGAGUUUCCUCCAUUAUUUUCUGUGUAAUCUCCCCAUCAAAGUCCUUUAAGGCUGGGUGCCAUGGGUACACCUGGAACCCCAUCAUUCAGAAAUCUGAGGCAAGAAGAUCAGGAGUCAGGAGUUCAAGGACAGCAUGGGCUGUGUAAUGAGACUAUCUCAAACAAAAAAGUCUUUCACUCUUCAUUGCCCUUCCUGGGCUCCUGCCUUGCUGUCUGAAUUAGGUUCAGCCGCUCAGCUUUGGGGCAGUAAUAAAACCACUCUGAGCAUCUGCACUCACCUUCUACCACCACAGGAUGCAUUUGCCUCAGGCUUCUGCCACCGUGCAACCCCUUUCUUGUGAAAUGGAGACAAUGAGCCAGAGAUGAUGGACCCCAGCUCUGGGCUGGAGAAAUGCUGGGGGCUUUGGGGUAGGGACUAGAAGAUGGCUUCAGAUCCUGAUGCAUCUGAGCUGCCCUCUCCAGGUCUCAUCUCCUGCCUGCGUCUCUGAGUGUGUCUCCCCUCCAUUCUCCCUCAGCUUGGCAGAGGCGGCUGCCCUGGAGCGGGAGCUGCUGGAAGAGUACUGCUUUGGGCGCCAGCAGCUGGUGGAACUGUGCGGGUAUGCCAGUGCAGUGGCGGUGACCAAGGCGUUCCCUUUGCCAUCGCUGUCGCGCAAGCAGAGGACCGUGCUGGUUGUAUGUGGCCCGGAGCAGAACGGCGCGGUGGGGCUGGCGUGUGCCCGACACCUACGUGUGUUUGAGUACCAGCCCAGCGUCUUCUCCCCCGCGCGCCCGGCGGACCCUCUGCACCGCGACCUGACCACGCAGUGCGAGAAAAUGGACAUCCCCUUCCUGUCCUUCCUGCCCGCGGAGGUGCGACUUAUCGACGACGCCUACGGGCUGGUGGUGGACGCAGUGCUGGGCCCCGGAGUGCGGCCGGCGGAGGCGGGCGGCCCCUGCGCACGUGCGCUGACCACGAUGAAGCGCCUCUCCAUCCCGCUCGUGAGCCUGGACGUCCCCUCAGGCACGGGGCCCGGCGUUUCAUACCAGCCUGUUUCCCCGUCUUCCCCCUCCAGUGUCAGUUUCCUUUUCUACUCCAGUCUCAGUCGUCUCCUCCUGUUUUGCCCCCGGCCUCAGUUUCCCCCAUUUGCUUCCUCCAGCCUCAGUUUCCACCGUAUGGACGGAGUACCCUCCCUGACCGAGGGUCACACCCAUCCCAAGGAUGGGAAAGACACAGGAGGCCACCCAGGUGACCCCGAAUCCCCUCUUGCCCUGUCCAGCCCAGCGGCCCUGCUGGCCCGCCAUUGGCCCUGCUGACGGGGCAGCCGUGAACUCACUAGGCAGAGGCCACAUCCGGUGGGCCCAGCGGGUGUCCCCAGCUUGAGGAUUCCCAGUACAGGAAUGUCUAGUCCGAGGGGGAAGGCAGCAGGUGGUCAGGGCAGAGACCCCGUCAGGUUAGAGGCUCAAGGACCUCUAAUGGGGAUGUGGGGGGCUGAGAACCAAGGAGCCCUAAGUCUGAGGGAGUUGCUGGCGAUUUCCGGUUAGUGCCAGAGGCAGAAGAGAAGGCCUAGUCCGCAAGUGAAGACUCCUGGAUGGUUCGGGUGGGCGUGGCGUCCUGCCAAGUCUAAGGCUGGGUCCUCCUGAGAACCGACACCCCAAUCAGAGGGAAAAACCCAGUCAGAGGGGGGAGGUCGCGGGUUUGAGUAGGGGUGGGGACCUGACGAGGUGGGAGGCUGGGGUCCGGCCAGGGUCUGGGGGUGGGGAAGGAGUCAGCCAUCAGAGGGCCGCGACUGAGUCUGCGGGCCAGGAGGAGGUGGAAACGGGGAGGUCGGAGGGCGGAGGAUUGGUUCUACGGUCAGCAGGUCUAACCGCGACCCACGUGUCGGCGCGCAGAGGAACAGGAAGGGAAGGCAGGGCAGACCCCAGUGCGGGGGCGGCGGUCCCAGCUCUCCUCCUCCCGCCCAGGCUGGGACGCCCAGGCUGGCGGCGAUGUGGAGGACGCGCUGCAGCCCGACGUGCUGGUGUCGCUCGCAGCGCCCAAGAGCUGCGCUCGCCGCUUCUCCGGGCGCCACCACUUCGU